AUGCAGCCCAUCGCCUUGAUCGUCUCGCUCUUCUGCGCCGGUGCUCUCGCCGCGCCGGCCGAGGACGUCCCGCGGGCUCCUCAGAUCGGAGGGUACUGCGUGCCCAACAGCGGCCACGGAACCUGCCUCGUCGCCGACCACGGCAAGACCAAGCAUAUCCCGUGCUCCCCGGACCACAUUUGCCCGCACCAUGUUAGCCGCGGCCACUGCGACUGGAAGGGCGGGUACGCCAUCUGCAGGGAGUAG